ACCCUCACACUCAACUUUACCAUCUCCAACCUCCAGUAUUCAGUAGACAUGGGGAGUGGCUCAGCCAUAUUCAACUCUACUCAGAGUGUCCUGCAGGACCUGCUCAGAUCCUUGUUUAUGAAGAGCAGCCUGGGCCCCUAUUACUCAGGUUGCAGACUGAUCUCCCUCAGGCCUGAGAAAGAUGGAGCAGCCACCAGGGUCGAUGUCAUCUGCACCUAUCACCCUGACCCCUUGAGCCCCGGGCUAGACAGAGAUCGACUUUACUGGGAGCUGAGCCAGCUGACCCACAGUGUCACCCAGAUGGGUCACUAUACCCUGGUCAGGGGCAGCCUCUUUGUCAAUG